UUGUUUCAUGCCGGAGGAUUGAUGCCGGUGCACCGUCCUUCACCACAAGCCCAAGACGCACCGGCUUUUUAAAUUUUUUUAGAUAAGAUAUUAUCUGAUAUGAGCAAAUGCAAAAGACUGAGAAGAAGCUGUCCUGAGGUUCAGUCUCUGGAUGGUAUGAACAGCUAAGUCUCAAACAUGCUGUCCAGACUUGUUGCUGCUGCUCUGAAGUGGUCUUACUGGAAAGCCGCUCUUCACAGAACUUGGUUUCCAUCAGAGCAAGGGCAAUGUCUUCUCGGAACUGUGGUCCAAAGACGGCCUCACAGUUGGACUACAGCCCCAUUGUCGCUAAACCACAAGCCAGUGUUCGUCAGAGCUCCUGCAUUUGGAGACAAGCUUGCUAUCAUAGACAGCAGUGGCAGCCACAGCUACAAGCAGUUGUAUCGCAGCAGCUUAGAUCUUGCAAGUAGAAUCAGCACUGCUCUCAACGCUGACUUAGGGGGUCUGGAAGGCAAACGAAUCUCCUUCCUCUGUGCUAAUGACGCGUCCUAUACAGUUGCACAGUGGGCCGCCUGGAUGAGCGGCGGAACAGCGGUGCCACUCUACCGAAAACACCCUGAGUCGGAAAUGGAGUACGUGAUCUCUGACUCCCAGAGUUCAUUGCUCGUGGCGGGACAUCCCUUCGCUGAGACCCUCGAGCCACUGGCACUGAAGUUGGGGCUGCCGUGCCUGACACUGCCGCCUACUUCUAACAUGAGCACUUCAGAAGAGGGAGACACACAAGAGAAGGAGACAGCCAUCACAGACUGGGCUGAGCGACCAGCUAUGAUCAUCUACACCAGCGGUACUACAGGGAAACCCAAGGGAGUUCUACAUACGCACAGCAGCAUCCAAGCCAUGGUCCAUUGUCUGGUUUCAGAGUGGGCGUGGACCAGAGAAGAUGUCAUCCUCCACAGCUUGCCUCUCCACCACGUGCAUGGCAUCGUAAACAAGCUGCUGUGCCCACUUUGGGUGGGCGCCACCUGCAUCAUGCUGCCGGAAUUCCAGCCUCAGAAGGUGUGGGAGUUGCUGUUGAGCUCCAAGCCUCCCAUGGUUAAUGUGUUCAUGGCCGUGCCAACUAUCUACUCUAAGCUGAUCCAGUACUAUGAUCAGCACUUGACACAGCCUCAUGUCAAGGACUUUGUCAAAGCGAUCUGCAAGGAAAGGAUCAGGUUAAUGGUUUCGGGCUCGGCUGCUCUCCCUCUUCCCACUCUGCUGCGCUGGAAGACGAUUACAGGACACACACUGCUGGAACGCUACGGCAUGACGGAGAUUGGCAUGGCGCUGUCCAACCCACUCAAGGGCCCACGCAUCCCAGGGGCUGUGGGUUCACCACUUCCAAGUGUGGAAGUUCGGAUAGUCAUGAAUAAUACAAUGAACACCCCGAUUGCGGAGGGCACUCACAGAGCGACUUGGGUACGUGCUGGUCUCGAGGGGAAAGAAGGGGAGCUCCUGGUUCGAGGUCCGUCCGUCUUUAAGGAGUACUGGAACAAACCCCAGGAGACCAGAGAGACUUUCACUGAUGACGGCUGGUUCAAAACAGGAGACACAGCGGUCUAUAAACAAGGUGCAUAUUGGAUCAUGGGCCGCACCAGUAUUGACAUCAUCAAGAGUGGAGGCUACAAGAUCAGUGCCCUCGAGGUGGAGCGGCACCUACUGGCUCAUCCAGCCGUUGUAGAUGUGGCGGUCAUCGGGGCCCCAGAUGCCAUUUGGGGCCAGAAGGUUACUGCAGUGGUGCAGCUAGAGAAGGGGCAGAGAAUGACCCUGCCAGAGUUGAAGACCUGGGCAAGGGAACUCAUGACACCCGACACCAUCCCCACAGCCCUGGUGUUGGUGGAAGAGAUGCCCCGGAAUCAGAUGGGCAAGGUCAACAAGAAGGACCUCCUGCAACGCUUCUUCCCAUGAACGGACCAUGGUGAUGUUCAUGACAACAUACAGGUUCCUGGUCACUUUUUGGCUGCUCAGAUCUUCUACAUCCUGAGAUGACAUUAAUGAUAACAUUAAAGAGACAACUUGUCCUCUGAUGUUACUUACAAACAUUGCCACAAAGGUAGUUCUAUUAUUUUGAAUGCCAGUUAUGCCAAUCAUCAAUUAGAAACAGAGCUAAAUUAUGAGGGGCCAAAUGUACAACUGCAUUUAUCUGAAGUGGCAUCAAAAAUAGCAAUACAAAUUCAAACUAAGUGACAUGGAUGUGACAGACAUACAAUAUGCAAGUGCAGUUAAAUGGAAUGCAACCUAACAUGACCCCCUUUUUUGGGUUUGCAAUUUAAGCAGGAUUCACUGGAAACAAAAGUUUGCUACUUUUUUCACACAAGUGAGUAAACUCCAGACAAAGUGAAACAGACUGAAGACACAUGAUUUAUAAGAGUGUGCUCAACUAUUGUCCAAUGAUGUAAUAUGCAAAUGGGAAUGGAAGACACGCUCACAACCACAAAAAAUAUAUAAUUACCAUAAAUUGCGGGUGGUAGAUAGGCAGCUCUUAGAAAAUAAAAUAAAAAGUAUAAAAUCUUUUUCCUUUUCCCUUUUUGAACUUGAUUUGACUGCUGCACUUUUUGUGGGAUUUUUUUUGUCUACUAUUUGCGAAAUAGGGUGAAUACUGUACAAACUUAGUAUGUUGUACAGAACUGGGACAAAACGUUUUGAUAUAUUUUCUUCAUAGUCCUUGUUUAUGAGGUGUGUGCACCCACCAGAAUGGUGGGAUCCGCUGCUCCGUCUGCCUUAAUGAGAAGGGAACAGCCAGUGUAGUCCGCGUUGGCUCCUGAUUAAUAAAUCCCCUCUCCCUGAACAGGACGCUCAACUGUUCCAAUAAAAAUACUCAAACACAGCGGUACCUCUGUGAGUGCUCUUACUGGUUUAUUCAGAUGUUUUAUUGGUGGAAGUGGUGUGAUCGCAGAAUAUUGUAUGACAAUGUGGUUGGAAAGAGCGUUGUGACCGGAAUCAAGACUCAUGGAUUAUUACACCUGCAACAAACAAAAAGAAAAAGGGUUGGUACAAUGAGUGGGUAGAAAAGGAGACAUUGGAAUAUGAUAAGUGAGGAAACAUGAUGUUCGUUCCUUUGCACUGUACUCACACAGAUGCACUUAAAAUGUUUAUCAGAUUUGUUUUUCAAUAAAAAUUUAAUUAAGUGCUUUGGA